GCUUGCAAAUAUUCUCUGUAAUUUGUGGACUACUUUUUCCCAAAUCCCAUUUCUUCUUCUCAGCUUUCCUAUUUAAUUCUCCAAUCCUCUUCACUUUUUCCUUCAUUCCCAUUUCUUCACUCUUCUCUCCCAAAUCCCACCAAACAUGGCGAUUUCGCCCAUUUUCUUCGCUUUUCUUGCCCUUUUCUUCUGUCUUUCCCCUUUUUCAUCCGCUUCCCAUUCAUCCACCUUCUCCAUCAUCGAUGAAAACGCUAAACACCACUUGGGUAUUCCUGAGAUUCCCCAUUCUGAUGCCCAUCAACGCCCCGACGAGGAAGUUGCCGCUUUGUACGAGUCCUGGUUGGUCCAUCAUGGGAAAGCCUACAAUGCUAUUGGUGAGAAGGAGAGACGGUUUGAGAUUUUUAAGGAUAAUCUCAGGUUUAUUGAUGAACAUAACCGGGAAUCGCGGACGUAUAAAGUUGGAUUAACCCGUUUUGCCGAUCUUACCAAUGAGGAAUAUCGGGCAAGGUUUUUGGGUGGCCGAUUCUCCCGGAAGCCUAGGUUAUCUGCCGCCAAGAGUGGUAGGUAUGCGGCGGCGCUCGGUGAUGAUCUUCCGGAUGAUGUCGAUUGGAGAAAAAAGGGCGCUGUUGCUACUGUUAAAGAUCAAGGACAGUGUGGGAGCUGUUGGGCUUUCUCAUCAGUUGCUGCGGUGGAAGGAAUAAACCAAAUUGUCACUGGCGAAUUGAUCCCUCUGUCAGAGCAGGAACUUGUUGAUUGUGACAAAUCAUUUAACAUGGGUUGCAAUGGUGGUCUUAUGGACUAUGCUUUCCAGUUCAUCAUUGGCAAUGGUGGAAUUGACACCGAGGAAGAUUACCCUUACAAGGGACGUGAUGCCGCUUGCGAUCCCAAUCGGAAAAAUGCCAAGGUUGUAACCAUAGAUGGAUAUGAAGAUGUUCCUGAGAAUGAUGAGAGCUCCUUGAAAAAGGCGGUGGCAAAUCAACCCGUUAGUGUUGCAAUUGAAGCUGGUGGCAGAGCCUUCCAACUUUACCAAUCGGGUGUCUUCACUGGCCGUUGUGGAACCGAUCUAGAUCAUGGUGUUGUUGCUGUUGGAUAUGGAACCGAUAACGGUACAGAUUAUUGGAUUGUGAGGAAUUCAUGGGGUAAAGACUGGGGAGAGAGUGGUUAUAUCAGGUUGGAGAGAAAUGUGGCCAACAUUACCACAGGCAAGUGUGGUAUUGCAGUACAGCCUUCAUACCCCACCAAAUCCGGAGCAAACCCUCCAAAACCUUCUGCUUCUCCCCCAUCUCCUGUCAAGCCUCCAACUGAAUGCGACGAAUACUUCUCGUGCGAAGAAGGAAGUACCUGCUGCUGCAUCUAUCAGUUUGGAAGCACCUGCUUUGCUUGGGGAUGCUGCCCCCUCGAGUCCGCAACCUGCUGUGAUGACCAUUACAGUUGCUGCCCACAUGAAUAUCCCGUCUGUGACCUUGAGGCAGGAACUUGCCGAGUGAGCAAAGACAGCUCGAUGGGCGUCAAUCUGCUGAAGCGCCUUCCUGCAAUACAGACAAAGAAGGUUCAAAAGCUUGGGAAGUUGUUCGUUGGUGCUUGAGAGGUUUGGCAAUGGUGGUCGGUGUCGUGAGUGAAAUAAUCGACCAUUUGAACACAGGUCCAUAGUAUAGAAAAGUUAUUAAGAAGUGGAAGAUUGAUGUCCCCAUUUAUUGAUCUUUGCUAUUGUGGGGCUUAUUACUUUCCUUAAAAGUAUUGAACUUUGAUUAUGAUAUAUUCCCAUUGCUCUUUCAAAUAUUGAUGGUGGCUUUGUAUAUAAAGUUUCCUCAGGUGAAAAUUUGUAACAAACUUCCAUCUCAUGUGCUUUGAAGAUAAAUUGUGUAUAUAUUUAUCAAUUCUUAGUGGGUC